AUGCUGCCGCUCACGGGCUGUGCGAUCUUGAGGACGGCACUCUUGGGCGUGAAGGGCGCGCGGCAAGUAACAACACGAGGAUUUCCAAAUGCCAAGAGCGUCGAUAGGCUCUCAAAUGCACUUCAGCCGGUAUGGCGCUUGCCGCGCAUGCAUAGGGGCCCUACCGAACAGCAAGUGCGGCAGCAGUACCAUUACCGUUCCAGUAGUCGCCGUCCAAGCCGCGUCGUCUCGGGUGACGUAGUGGUGCUUGGUCUGAUCUCGGUCAAUGUCGUUGUCACGAUCGGUUGGCUCCGUGCACAGGCUCCACCUCCAAUACACCGAGCGCAACAGCUGCGUAGCUUCCGACCGUCGAUGAGGACGAUGCUGACGCACUUUACUACGUCCACACAGCAUCUGCAGGAGGGCCGAUACUAUACCCUCUUGACUGCUAUGUUCAGCCAAGCUACACUAGGCCACCUUGGCGCCAAUAUGAUUGGACUCUACUUCUUUGGUAGACAGCUGUGUGACGUGCUGGGCCACAAGAAGUUCCUCGGGCUGUAUCUAGCAAGUGGUGUGCUCUCGUCAGCAGCGGCAGUGCUCGAGCAGAAGUCAUCGGGCAAAUCGAGCUACAACUUGGGCGCAAGUGGAGCGGUGAACGGCAUCACAGCAAUGAGCAUUCUGCUCUUCCCGCACGGGACGCUGCUGAUCUUUGGCAUCGUGCCCAUGCCAGCGUGGCUCGCAGGGUCGCUCUUUAUCUUUAAAGACGCGUACUCGUUCGUGACGGACCGACAAGAUGGAAUCGGCCACGUUGCUCACCUCAGCGGUGCCUUUGUCGGUGGCAUGUACCACUACUAUCUCCGUCGCCAGCGCUUCCGACGCUUUUAA